GGACAUUUUUCUCAAUACAUCCUGACUUGAGGAUAAGAAGAAGGCACAGAGAUGAGUCUCACUGUCCAGGACAUGGCUGUGGUGAAAGGCCUUUGGGCCAAAAUCGCCUCCAAGGCCGACGAUAUCGGUGCUGAAGCCUUGGGCAGGAUGCUCACCGUGUACCCCCAGACCAAGACCUACUUCUCCCACUGGUCUGACCUGAGCCCUGGAUCCGCUCCAGUGAAGAAGCAUGGAAAGACCAUCAUGGGGGCUGUCAGUGAUGCAGUGUCCAAAAUUGAUGAUCUUCCUGCCGCUCUGUCCCAGCUCAGUGAACUGCAUGCUUCCAAGCUAAGAGUGGACCCUGCUAACUUCAAGAUCCUGGCACACAACAUCAUUGUGGUCGUGGCCAUGCUGUUCCCUGCUGACUUCACUCCAGAAGUUCACAUGUCUUUGGACAAGUUCCUGCAGAACCUGGCCUGGUGUCUGGCUGAGAGAUACCGCUAAACUACCAAUGGAAAGGAACUGUCCACUGAUGUAGUUCUUCCAUGACAGAAAUGCCUGAAUAAAGUCACCAGAUGAA